AACAUCUUACAACAUGGUGGCUCAGCUGUAGAUGCUGCCAUUGCAGCCUUGGUCUGCACCUCUGUCCUGAACCCGCAGAGCAUGGGCCUAGGGGGAGGCGUCAUCUUUACCAUCUAUAAUGCGUCCACAGGACAUGUUGAGGUGCUCAAUGCCCGUGAAAGGGCCCCCCAAAACGUCUCUGCAGAUUUGUUGGGCUCCUGUGCACACGACUUUCUGCCAGGGGCCCAGUGGAUUGCUGUACCUGGGGAGCUUCGCGGAUAUGAAGAAGCCCACAGACGCUAUGGGAGAUUGCCAUGGAAGACACUGUUUGAGCCCACCAUUAAGCUCCUUGUCCCCGGAGUCAAGAUACCUGAAGUCUUGAGCAAGUUUCUGAAGCAUCUGCAGUCACAUUUGAAGAAAACAUCCUUGUGCAAGCUGUUUUGCAAUGCCCAAGGAACUGCCCUGAGAGCUGGAGAAACUCUUCACUGGCCAGCACUGGUGGAAACCCUGAGAGCUGUGGCAGAAAAUGGAGCCAGCGAGUUCUAUACUGGGAAGACGGCAAAGCGAUUGGUGAAGGAUGUCAGGGAGGAAGGAGGCACCCUGACGUUGGAUGAUCUCAAGAAUUACCGCAUCGAAGUGGUGAGCCCUGUGAAUAUUUCGCUGGGUGAAUACACCGUGUACUCUGCCCCACGACCUGCUGCAGGGCCUCUGCUCUUCUUCAUUCUUAAUGUCCUGAAAGGGUUCAACUUUACCAAAGACACAAUGGAGACACCUAGUAGAAGAGCUGAGGCUUAUCACUUUAUUGCAGAGGCCCUGAAGUUUGCCAACGGCCAGAGAGCAAAAGUGGAUGAUCCACAUUUUUCUGAAGUUACAGAGAGGGUCGUCGGGGAGCUGAUGUCGAGCGCCUUCGCCGCUCGGGUCAGGCAGCUGAUCGAUGACCGAGGGGACCAUCCUGUGGAGCAUUACAACCUCACCCGGCCCGGGGCAGUGCAGUUCGGCACCUCCCACGUCUCUGUUCUGGCUGAAGACGGGAGCGCCGUGGCAGCCACCAGCACCAUCAACCACCCGUUUGGCUCCAUGGUGUAUUCGCCACAAACUGGGAUUCUCUUAAACAAUGAACUGGCUGACUUUUGUAUGAAACAGUCAAGCAGGAAGAUCAUUGCAGGUGAGAUGCCUCCUUCCUCCAUGGUGCCCUCCAUCCUCGUUUCCCGUGAUGGGCAGUCCAAGCUGGUGAUUGGCGGCUCCGGUGGGACCCAGAUCGUCCCUGCUGUGGCCCUGGCUGUCACCCACAAGCUCUGGUUCGGGCACGAUCUCAGCACUGCCAUCAGGGCCCCGAUUCUCUUUGCCACCAGCAACAACUCCAUUGCCGUUGAGGAACGCUUCCCUCAGGACAUUGUGAAGGCGCUGCGUGAAAGGGGCCACUCGGUCCACACCGCGCCCCUGGCCUUGAAUGUCGUGCAGGGCAUCGCCCAGGACCAGCACUGCAUCUUCCCCUACUCUGACCUGAGGAAGCAGGGCGAAGCCUCGGGCUAUUAGCGCCCAGCCGUGGCGGCGUGUGGGCUGGGCUAGGGGAUCGCCGGCGCCUCUCUCCUCCCACGUCCCCCUAGGCCCUUGGGGAGUGCAUGCUUCCCCUGCCGCUUCGGACAUGGCAAGCCACUACUGCAAGCUGGAGAAAGCCGCCCACAUGGAUCCCUUCCUCCCCCUCGUCCUCCUCCCCCACCCCUCCAUGCUUUUCUUCCCGCUGGCGCUCCUGCAGGGGGCUUGCUGCACCCGCAAGGGGAACCAAGAGCAGCUCCAUAGCAUAUGAGGCGCUGCGUGAGCGGGUCUUCCCCCAGCGCUGCAGGCACGUGCAAAGCCGAGUCCCCCUCCUUCCCUCCGCAUACUUCGGGUGUGGGCUUCUGCCCAGCCUGUGCGCGGAGAUAAUGUGAACGUGCCCCCGGCAGCACUGCUCGGGGCAAGCGCUCUCCGCGGGCUGUGCAAGUUUCGCUCAUCGCGGAAUGAGAGGCCUGCUGCUUAGUCAGGCUUUGCCACACUGUGAAAGCCUUAGGGGUGGG